AUGGAUGCAGACUCUGAAGGCAGUGCCAGAGACGCGUCGUUCACUCUGCCUAGUAUCAAUGGUCGAUGCAAGGAAGAUAUCAACGACAAAACUCAACAGACCAUAACCUAUCUAGAUGCGCGAUUGGAAGAACUGGAGUUGCACAUAUUGGCCUCGGCUAAAGACGACGAGUCCGAUGACGUUCAGUCUGAUAUUUCAUCUGAGCAAAACAAUGAGAGGCGACAAACACUUGAAAAAAAAGAAGAUGCACCUUGGGUCAUCACUGAGCUGCCAACACAAGUAACCAUACCUGCAUAUGCUGCGCUUGAGGUCUUUCAAGUCAAAAAGUGGCGUGAGAUUUUGCAAUUGAUGAAGCUCAUGUCAGCGCCGUGUUUCCGUAACAUUCGCCUUGCUGGUGAUGAUAGAGCACUCUAUGAAGGAUUCUUUCGUGCGUUCCCGCACCAUGUCGUCACAAAAGCUCGAUUUAUGAGUGUUGUUCGACACAUUUUCGGAAUUCCAGCCGUAUCUAUGAUUCACCAGCGCAGUAAAACCAAGAAUGCCAACCGAGACAUGGCAUCUGGUGAAAAUCACAACGCUGAAGACCACGAAAGCGAAAAGGCAGCCGCUCGCCUGGCACUCGACCGUCAUCUCGAAAAACUGCAGUACUGUUGUGAGCGGUCAGUGGACAAUGUUCUCGUCCUCAACUGGAGAAUUUUACUCGUCGCGCUGAGAAUGUUUAAGGAACCUUUGCUGACAGUCCGAGAACACUUAAGCUGGGCGGUUAGUGUAUUUGCGUCAAGUGGCAGCCUUGAGAUUAACGACGGCGACACAAUCGAUGCUGAUAAUGUGACUCUGAUGCUCACUCAUGUAAUGCGAAACCCCACCGCUUCUCACCUCGUUUCGGAGAGGCUACGAGCUGCGUUUGAUAUGCUUCCAUCGUUUCGAGCAACAUCUUCUUCACUGUCCUCGACCGCCGUCUCGUCUUCAAGAAUCACGUAUCGAGUAUUCAAACGACUACUUCAGCUCCCACCACUACGAACGCUGAUGAAUGACCGCAUGACACCGCACACAACCGUAAUAGACGAACUCAGUGUUCCGGUGUAUCGCGACUUCGUGUACCGAGCCCGAAGACGCGAGCACAACAGGAGAGUUCUACGGCGGCUCCGGUACUACAACGAGACAAAAACUUUACGCUUGUGCUUCCACACUUGGGCGCAAAAUGCUAGAGACCGCAAAUCUGCUCGCUCUACGAUGAUAUUUGUCUACACUAUCGCGACCCGUAUCAAGCAACGAACUGCCUUUGGAGCACUUCGUCGACACGCUUUAGCGAGCAUCGCAGCUCUUGAGAUUCAGCGCGUGUUUCGUGGAAUGCGCGGACGAAUGCGAGCAGAUGAGAUCUGGCGUAAGAUACAAGCUGUAUUAGCUGUGCAAGGCGCCUUUCGGAUGCGAGCUUAUUUUACAAGACACUUGCGCAAACUUCGGCGCCAAAACCUUUUUGCCAUUCGCAUCCAGCGCGUCUAUCGAGGUCGAUUGGGACGUAUCUAUGCUCGUCAAACACUACUAACACAUUAUUAUCGCGAAAUGGCCGCCAUACAACAGGAGCGGGAGGCAUUCCGAGCACUUGUGCGCGACGAGAUGGCACGUCGACUGCAGCGCUUUUUCCGGAAAAUUGUUGCAGAUAAACAGCGUGCAAAGCGUGUUGAAGAAGAGAGAGCGAAGCGAGAAGCCGAGCUGGAGAAGUUGCGGGUUUCUGGAGAUGCAGCACAACAAGCGGCACGACACCGACGUGAGGUGACAGAGAAAUAUGAUAAGUUGCGGGAGGAGGCAGAAUACAAGGAGAAACGCCGUCGUAUUGAUGACAUCGAAAAGCAGAAGAUUGUACAUCGAAGGCGUCAGCGAGAAUGGGAAGCGUUUAAAACCGAAAAGAUCGCACGGAAGGAAGCGCUAAAACUGCAGGGGAAGGAGAGUUACGAUCGUCUGAAGAGUCAAUGGGAUAACAUAAUUGCGGAAACUGUACACAAACGCGAGAAGUUAAUAGACCAGUUGCUACAGCUUGAAGACGUUCAAGGUGAGUGGAAAAAAAUACAUACACGGCUUCAUCAACGCGUGAGAGAGCGUUCGAAGCAACUCACAGCAAAGCACAAGUCCAGUGGCGUGGUGAUUCAGAAAAAGGAGAUCAUCGAGCGUGCACAACUUGAAAUUAAGGCUGAAGAAGCGGAGGAGAAACGACUUAAGGUGGAGAACGACUGGCUGAAAGCAGAAGCAGACUACUUGAAGAAGCUGGAGGACGAACAGGAAGAGCGUUUGCUUGCCGAAAACACAGAGGAGCGCACAGCUCGCCAAAAAAAUGCAUUGACCAUUCAGUGUGCGUUCCGUAUGUUUACAGCGCGCAAGCUACUGCGUGGCAUGCUGUCCGAGUUGUACAUAAAGGAAUUCAAUAUCGAGACCCAAGUACCAAGGUAUCGCAACAGAUUUACAGGGAAGGUCAGGACUCGGAAGCCUACUGGUCUGGGCUCGAAGGAACUCGAAUACGAAAAUUGCUGGGUGAUCAUGAUUGACAAUGUGCUUGGUGAACCAUUUUUCUACAAUCCGCGCCGAAUGAAGCAAAGCUGGGCUAGACCUGACGAUUGUCGCUUUUGCGGACCCUGCAGCAAUUCUUCGAGCACAGUAUUUGCUGCUGUCUGGAAUUCCCACGACGACACGUACCUGUGCCAAGAGUGCUACGAGCACGAGUACGUCAAACGGGGUCAGCAAGACAAUCUCCAGGCCGACAUAUAUGUCACGUACGAUGGAUCCCGCCCAAACGGAGAGUAG